AUGAAUUCGCCGGUCAAUCAAGAGAAAAGUCCUACGGGUAAUUUUCCUAUGAAAUCUAAAAAAAUUAAAGCAAAUUUAAAUGGUCAAAGUGGAAUAGUUCAACCAUUACUUACAGAUCUUUAUCAGAUUACAAUGGCUUAUGCAUAUUGGAAAUCUGGGAAAAGGUAUGAUCAAGCUGUAUUUGAUCUUUUUUUUCGUGCAAAUCCUUUUCAAGGAGAAUUCACAGUUUUCGCGGGUUUAGAAGAAGUUUUAAAAUUUUUGGAAAAUUUUCAGUAUUCAGAAAGCGAUAUCGAGUACCUUAAAGGAGCCUUACCCUCGACCAUCGAUCCAGAAUUUUAUGUAUUUUUAAGAGGACUCACAGCUGCUCCCGUUACCCUACACGCCAUAGAUGAAGGUUCGAUAGUUUUCCCGAGAGUACCACUCAUAAUGAUUGAAGGACCCUUAAUAAUUGUUCAACUUUUGGAAACGACACUUUUAACCCUAGUCAACUUUGCAAGCCUUAUGGCGACAAACGCUGCCAGAUACCGCAUUGCUGCUGGAAAAAAUAUAUCAUUAUUAGAAUUUGGCCUUAGACGUGCUCAAGGUCCCGAUGGAGGAUUAUCAGCUUCGAGAUAUGCUUACAUAGGAGGAUUCGAUGGAACGAGUAACGUUUUAGCUGGGAAAAUGUUUAACAUUCCUGUACGUGGAACUCAUGCUCAUUCAUACAUAACUUCAUUCAUCGACGUUCGAGAUUUGAGAAAAAAGACUUUGUUAUGCCAAAAAACCGGCGAAGAAAGAGACUUGGUGGAAUUGUCGAAAAAUUGGAGAAUAAAAAUUUGUAAUUUUCUCGGAGUACUAAACGAAGAAGCGAGCGAUGGCGAAUUGGCGGCCUUAAUAUCAUUUGCAAUUGCUUUUCCACAUGGAUUUAUGGCGCUUGUCGACACGUAUGAUGUCAAGAGAAGCGGAUUAAUUAAUUUUUGUGCCGUGGCAUUAGCUUUAAAUGAUCUCGGAUAUCAAGCCGUUGGAAUCAGGAUAGAUAGCGGAGAUUUAGCUUAUUUGUCAAACAAAGCUAGAGAAAUGUUUGAAACGAUAGCUAAAAAGUAUCAAAUACCGUGGUUUGGAAAAUUAACAAUAGUCGCUUCGAAUGACAUUAACGAAGAAACAAUAUUAAGCCUUAACGAGCAAAGUCAUAAAAUCGACUGCUUUGGAAUAGGUACUCAUUUAGUCACGUGUCAACGACAACCGGCAUUGGGUUGCGUGUAUAAAAUGGUUGAAAUCAAUGGGAGACCGAGGAUAAAACUCUCGCAGGAUAUGGGAAAAAUAACGAUGCCUGGAAAAAAAACUGCCUACAGGUUAUACGGAUCUGAUGGUCACGCGUUAAUCGACUUGAUGCAAAAAGCAGACGAGAAACCUCCUCAAGUUGGCAAGAAAGUAUUAUGUCGUCAUCCUUUUCAAGAAUCGAAAAGAGCUUAUGUGAUUCCUGCAAGAGUCGAGCCACUCUAUAAGGUUUGGUGGAGUAAUGGACGUAUAACUCAUCCGUUGCCAGGUUUAGAAGAGGUCAGGCACAGAGUUCAAACCUGUUUAGAAACACUUCGAAACGAUCACAAGCGUAAUUUAAAUCCGACACCUUACAAGGUUGCCGUAAGCGAUGAGCUUUAUAAUUUUAUACAUGAUUUAUGGCUUCAAAAUGCACCCAUAGGAGAACUUUCUUGA